CGUCACAUGUGGUGCUACGGACAAUUUCACAGAUGACAUUGAUCGUGCUGUGUAUGAUGAUGCAAAUACCUAAUAAGUGUUUGACAUGUGACGGUCAUUAUGUGCCUAGUUCUGCUACCACUGAAAUCAAUUUGGCUUCCGAACUGGCUCCCCACCUUGAUACCCUACCCGGUCUAGAACAAUAUGCUGUACGUAGAUGCAUUCGCAACACCUACACGAGCAAGUCCUCGCGCUUUACGUCUACAUUUACAUGUUUUUGAUUACUGCCCGAAUCAUCGCAAUUACUAAAAGUGGAUUAUAUAUUAUCAAUGUAGAAAUUUUUCGAUGUAUUCGUUUUAGACUAUAUGAAUAUAUUUUCCUAACUCUUACUAAUAUUAGGGACGCCAAGUAUAUUAAGGUAGACAAAUUUUAAACAAUAAACUAAUAAAUUUGUAAUUUUUUCAAUUUUAA